GCAUCGCAUACUUUUGCGUCCCAGGCGAUUCGCACGGCGAUAUACACGUCGCGUUCGGCGGUCGCGAGGAGUUACGCUUCUCUCCCUGCUGUCCUUCGUUACGUCCGCGUGACGAUCGCGAGAGUGAUGGGGAAGACGAGGACGGGCAAGGCCGCCGUCGCGUGCACGGCGGUAGCGUUCGUUCUGGUGGUGAUCGCGUUCACCACACCCAACUGGCUGGAGACCGACGGGAAACUGGAUAAUCCGCAAUUCGUCAAGAUCGGUCUCUGGCAGGUGUGUUUCCAAGGGUUCCAGGAUCCGCGUCAUCUCUACGACACCAGAUUCUACGGCUGUUGGUGGGUGUUCGAGGAGGAGUAUUACAUCAUACACGACAUACUACUGCCCGAGUUCUUCGUCGCCACGCAGUUCUUCUUCACGCUGUGCCUGACCCUGUUGCUGAUAGGCACCUUCCUGACCAUUCUGUACACCUGUUGCUCGCGUCAUCACGACAAGUAUCAGCUGCUCCUGUGGGUGACCGGCGGCAAUUUGACUUUGGGAGGAGUGUGCGGCGUUAUAUCGGUGAUUAUAUUCGGCGCCAGGGGCGACGGACGGGAUUGGAUGCCGAAUUGGGAGCACAACGAUAUCAGCUGGUCCUUCGCCUUGGCCGUCGUGGGCAGCGUUACCCUGAUAGCCGCCGGUAUCCUGUUCCUGAUCGAAGGGCGCAGGCACAGGAAGAAGCAGGAACGAAUAUUGAACGAGGAACAGAAAACGCAUACGACCAUUUAGCACAUUUUUACAUCGUAAUUCCAACGCGCGGACAAUCGAACGCACGCGAUAUGCAUCGAAUGCUCGCAAAAGCGCAAAUUUUAUUCAUUGAAACGCGUGUCGCGAAUGAAUCUUUGAAGACUAAUAAUUUUAUAUUGUUACACAUCUACUCAUCGUAACAUUAUUACAUAGGAUCUGUCGAUAAUUAUCUAAGACAUAUGAAUAUUUUCAAUAGACUAUGCAUGGAGCCCUUCUACGAUUAUUCUUACGUUGACAAAAGUUUAUACAAAAUAUCUACUUUGAAAAGAAAC